AGUACUUAUUGUCGAAUGUUUUUAUUUACAAGAAAAAGCUUUGCGAAUCAACCCCUUUUUACCCGACAUUAUACAUUUAAACGAAAACAAGUAUGAUCAAGGCUAUUCUCAUUUUUAACAACCAUGGGAAACCAAGACUCAUUCGUUUCUACCAAUAUUUCGCAGAAGACAUGCAGCAGCAAAUUAUUAGGGAGACUUUUCAUCUGGUGUCCAAAAGAGAUGAUAACGUCUGCAAUUUUCUGGAGGGUGGAAGUUUAAUUGGAGGUUCGGACUACAAGCUGAUCUACAGACACUAUGCCACUUUGUACUUUGUGUUUUGUGUGGACUCAUCAGAGAGUGAGCUAGGGAUUCUUGAUCUUAUUCAGGUAUUUGUGGAAACCCUGGACAAAUGCUUUGAGAAUGUGUGUGAGUUGGACUUAAUCUUUCACAUGGAUAAGGUACAUUACAUUCUCCAGGAAGUUGUCAUGGGAGGUAUGGUGCUGGAAACGAACAUGAAUGAAAUAGUUGCGCAAGUGGAGCUGCAGAACAGGAUGGAGAAAUCAGAGGGUGGACUGUCUGCAGCACCAGCACGAGCUGUCUCGGCAGUGAAAAACAUGAACCUCCCUGAAAUACCCCGUAACAUCAAUAUCGGAGACAUCAAUAUAAAAGUGCCCAGUCUUUCCCCAUUUUGAGGCUGCAUGUUACUUAUCAUUACCUGUAUGUUCUUUGUUGUUAUUGGAUGCUGAGCUUCAAUGCCAUACAUACCGAUACCCUGAAGCCAUUUAUGGACUCAUAACUGACCAUAGUCAGCAGGAUUUUUAAACCCUGAGGACCUACAUUUCAUUUUAAUUUUGUUGAAAGCACACUACUGGGUCCAAAAAUGUAUAAAAUAACCUCUCAUUUCAAACUUUGGUUUAUAGACAAACCAUUUUUCAAGUUUUGAUUGUAGAAUUGUUUUGUAUUUUGUCUGUGAUGUAGCAACAUUCCAUUGCAUUGUUUGAUUUCCGUGUUUUCUGCAAUAUUCCAACCACUAAAACUGUAAAUGUUACACAUGUAUUAUUUAAAUUGUAUCAUUAAAAUAAUGUUUUUGUCCAAUCUUGUUCAUUCUUAAAGGGAUAGUUCACCCGAAAAUAUCACCCUCAUCCUCAUGACACCCCAGAUGUGUAUGACAAACUAAGAUUUUGAAGAAUAUCUCAGCUCUGUAGGUCCAUACAAUGCAAGUGAAUGGUGAUCAGAACUGCAUAGCUCCAAAAAUCACAUAAAGGAAAAAUAAAAGUAAUCCAUUUGAGUAAAAAAAUAACUUCCACCUAUAAUAUUGCUUUUGAAGGUACUGAACCACUGGAGUCUGGUAUGUUUUCUUUAUGUGAUUUUUUGGGCUACAAAGGACUGGUCACCAUUCACUUGCAUUGUAUGGACUUUCAGAGCUGAGAUAUUCUUCUAAAACUCUUUGUUUGUGUUCUGCUGAAGAAAGAAACUCAAAGACAUCUGAUAUUGGAUGAGGGUGAGUAAAUGAUGAGAGAAUUUACACCAUUUCAAAGAGGUUGUUUCUAAUUUACUCAAUGCAUUAUUCGUGUUUGUGAACUUCUAAUUUGAAAAUGUAUUUGCCAAGUUUUACUUCCUUUUUUGCAUUGUGGUCAUUUCAUUGUAACUUGACAUAUGACCUCAUUAGAAUUGUAUGAGGGUGAGUAAUUGUGGAGAGGAGGUGGAAGAGAGAGAUAUCAUGGUGAGUAAAAAUUACGCCACCAAUUUAUUUCCCCACCAUUUCGGAGAAUUAAAAAAUAAUUAUUUG